AUGGCGCUGUUGACAAGAGCAUAUUCUUCUUCUCUACUUAGCUAGCUUAAGUAGCAUAACCUCUUAGCGACAAAACAUAUUGCAAACUUGCUUUUUUGAGCGGCAAAAGCUUUCUAUACGUUAUCAGUAAAGAUUUAGAGAUUAAUCUCACGGGCUGGUUAGCUGGCCUGAUUGUGUUGAGGGCACAAAGCUCAGAAAAGACAGCUUUAGCUAGCUAAUUAGCGUUGAGAAGCAGCACCAAGAGAGCUGCGGAAUAAUUUCAAAUUCACAAGAUGAGUGAGCAACUGAAAUUUAUCGUUGAACAGCUUAACAAAGACCCAUUCAAGAAGAACUUCAACCUCAUCACGUUUGAUUCUCUGGAGCCGAUGCUGCUACUGCAGAUUUUAAACGAUGUUCUGGCCGAAAUAGACCCAAAGCAAGCCUUAGAUAUUCGUGAAGAAAUGCCUGAGCAAACUGUGAAGAGGGUGUGUUCUCUGCUGGGGAUGCUGAAGUACAAGCCUCCUGGCAACCAUUCUGAUGUGAGCAGCUUUCGACAGGGUCUGGUUAGUGGCAGCAAACCUGUGAUUCACCCAAUCCUUCACUGGCUUCUGCAGAGAGUCCCUGACCUUAAAAAGAGAGCAUACUUGGCACGAUUUUUAGUGAAGCUUGAGGUGCCUGCAGAGUUUUUGCAGGAUGAUGUCAUUAAUGACACAUACCAUCAGUAUGAGGAGCUGGUGGAGGGAUUUAAGACAUAUCACAAGGAGUGUGAACAUCUGAGGACAUCAGGCUUUUCCACAGCAGAAAUCAGAAGGGACAUCAGUGCCAUGGAGGAAGAGAAAGACCAACUGAUCAAGCGUGUAGAGAGGUUAAAGAGGAGGGUGGAGUCGGUGUCCAACCAUCAGCGGAUGUUGGAUCAGGCCAGGCAGCUUCGAGUGGAAAAGGAGAGAGAAGAGUCCCUGAAUCACCAAAAGCAAGAGCAGAAGAAUCAGCUGUUUCAGGCAGAGCAGAGACUGCUGAGGUCGCAGCAGCAGUUGAAGGAUUUGCGACAGGCAGCAGCAGACGCCAACCCAGAGAGACAGGUAAUUUCCUCAAAGUUUAGAAAACCUCUGUCUGUUGUAGGCCUAUUUAAAAGACUGGAAGAGGAGAUAAAGAUCAACUCCUACAUGGUGUCUGAGAAACUCCCCAAAGAGCUGGAGGGCAUGAGGAGUUCAGUGGAGUACCUGCAGAAAGUGGUUUCUGAACCUGCGAUGGGCCAGGCCGACGUCCGGGAGCUGGAGGACAGGAUUAAAGAGGUCGACUCUCAGAUAAAUCAGCUGAUCGAGAAGAAGAUGAUGCGAAACGAUCCCAUUGAUGACAAGCUGACCCUUUAUAGGCAGCAGGCCUCCAUUAUCGUUCGAAAGAAGGAGUCAAAGGCGGAGGAGCUGCAGGAAGCAAGGGAGGAGCUGGUGGCUGCGGAGCGGGAGCUGAAGCAGAGGAGCAGCCAGGCACAGUCCUCACAGGGGGAGGAGAUCAUCCAUGGUGACGAGCUGAAACGUUUGGUGGUGAAGUUGCGCAGCAAGGGAACCGCGUAUAAGAAGAAACGGCAGGAAAUCGCUGAGUUGAAAGCAGAAUAUGGCGUCCUUCAGCGGACAGAGGAGGUCCUCAAACAGAAGCACGACAGCGUACAACAGAAACUGCAAGCGAUGGAAGCGGAGAAGGGCAUCUCUGGCUACAGCGACACUCAGGAAGAGCUGGAGAGGGUGUCUGCCAUCAAGAGUGAGCUAGACGAGAAGAAGGGCCGCACUCUGGACAGCAUGUCUGAAAUGGUAAAGAAGCUAAACUUGAUGAUAGCAGAGAAGAAGUCAGCUCUGGCACCCAUCAUCAAAGAGCUGAGGAGCCUGAGACAGCGGCGUGAGGAGCUAAGUCAAGAGUAUGAAGAAAAGAAGACUCAGUAUGAGAGCUGUGCUGCCGGUUUGGAGAGCAACAGGUCCAAGCUGGAGCAGGAGGUGAAAACGCUGAGGGAGGAGACGGCGCAGAGGGAAAACCGAUACCAUUACAUCAACUCCAUGUCAGAGGCAAGUGCUUUGGCGUGGUGGUUUUUCUAUGCAAAGCGAGAAUUAAUCAUUGAGAUGCAAAUUCAGCGAGCAGCUGAAGAGAUGAAGGCCUACGUGUCCCCUGAUCCACAGGAGAGGAAGAAGGCCAUCAGGGAAGUGUACAUGAAGAACAUCUCAGAACAGGAAUUACUCGGCAAGAAGCUGCGGGAGGAGCAAAAGAUGGUGAGGGAGAGCCACGCCGACAACAUGGAGCAGAUGAAGAUGUGGCGGGACCUGGAGAAGCUGAUGGAGUGCAAGAAGCAGUGCUUUAUAAAGGCCCAGAACCAGGUUUCUAUUGGCCAGAUCAUUCAGGAAGGAGGAGAGGACAGGCUGGUGCUGUGAGCCCACAACAUCUCACACUCAGGCAAAUCAUACCCCAAAUGUUCCAUUUCUCAAGGGGCUGAUUUCCCGUCUUUAAGGUUUACUUGGUAGUUUAUCUUUCAACCAGACCACAGCUUGAGGAACACGUGUUGUAAACCCACACGAGAAUCCUUUUUACACGUCUUUGAGAAUACACUUUCAUUCAAAGAGCCCAAAGAUAACAGUGGACAAAGUGCUGCACUUGGGAUGUGGCUGCAGCCGGCUAUUUUUGGCUGCUCCAAGCAUGACCUUGGACAGGAACUGGGAGUCCAACUCUGGAUCUCACUGGGACCUCUGCUACUUUGGACAUGUUUCUCUGCUUGUUCAGUUCUGCGCUGGUUUGUUAUCUCCCGAUUAUAUCCAUAGGUGCUUUCUGGCUUGUCGUCCUAUUAAAAUAAUGGGAAACAUUACAGCUUUGCUAUGAGAGCGGGUGCUCUUUAGAAGAAGCAUUUUAAUGCUUUCAUGACUUGUUUUAGUUGUAAACCUGCGGUGGAUGUAAUAAAACACAUGACUUGCUCAUUUGUCCGCAGGGACGUCUUUUUAGUGCCUCGUGUGGCCCUAACAAAUGCGCAUGCAAAUGUUUCAGGAUCAGAACGCGGCCUCGCACAGAAACUUAAUCUGCUGUCGACAGCCAGCGUUAGCGGCGCUCCAGCCAAACGGAUCGAGUGUGGCAGCUCGGUGUCCACCUCAUUAUCAGGGGAUACAGCACCUUGCACUUCUUUGGGCCUUAUAAA